CUCAAUAAAAAUUUGCAGCUAUAACACAAGAUGAUGGACAUGGGUAGUAUAUGGCAGAGGUCGAAACCAGAUAUGGUAAUGGUGUUAGUACAGAUUGCAUUUGCUGUUUUGACUAUACUAUACAAGCUCGCAAUAAAUGAUGGAAUGAACUUGAGAGUUGCUGCGGCAUAUCGUCUUAUUUGUGCAUCAGCUUUCACUAUCCCUAUUGCUCUUUUCUUUGAUAGGGAAUGAGACGAGGCAUUGUGCUCCAUUAGGAGUGAGCGAUCAUAAUCAUCCCAAAUAUAGUUAGAGGGUGAUGGAUACAGAGACGGAGAUUGUAAGGAAGAAUAGAGCAAAGAUAACUUGGAGUGUGCUUUCUAAGGCAUUUCUAUGUGGAUUGUUUGGGGGAAGUUUGUAUCUAAACCUUUAUUUGGAGGCUCUGGCUUUAACGUCAGCAACAUUUAUGUUGGUGGUCUUCAACCUAAUUCCAGCCAUUACCUUCAUCAUGGCUGUAUGCUUCGGAAUGGACAAAUUCAAUUUGAGGUUAGCGGAAGGAAAGGCGAAGGUGAUAGGAACAAUAAUGGGAAUGUGCGGUGCAAUGUUGAUGAUUUUUUUCAAAGGUGCAGAAAUUCACAUUUGGUCUUCCAAUAUUAACCUUUUGCAUCCGCAUCGCAACUCAAAUGAACAAAUAGCAUCUCACCAUGCCAACUUUGGUCAGAAAGUGUUGGGUGUUUCAUGUGCACUAGCAAGUAGUUGCUCUUUCUCAUUGUGGUAUAUUAUUCAGGCUAAGUUGAAUAAGGAAUACUCAAGUCAUCGCUCAAGUGCAGCUUUAAUGUCCAUAAUGGGAGCCAUUCAAGCAACUGUUAUUGCUCUUUGUGUUGAAAGGGAUUGGGAACAAUGGAAGCUACGAAACAACCUCAGGAUUCUUGCCGUUAUUUAUCCAGGAAUAGUGGCUUCUGGAUUAGUUGUUAUCGCUAUGGCCUGGUGCAUAAAGAAGAGAGGCCCUGUAUUUGCAUCUAUUUUCAGUCCUUUACAACUCUUACUUGUAGUUAUAGCUGCUUAUUUGAUUUUGGAUGAGAAGUUAUAUUUGGGAAGUAUGCUUGGAGCAAUGGUGAUUGUGUGCGGUCUCUAUGCGGUACUUUGGGGUCAAAGCAAGGAAAUGAAAAAUAAAAUGAAGAUAUUAGAAAUCACAAGAAUGCCUGAAAAUGAUGAGCUUGUUGUUAUUUCCAUGCCUGUUACGCAUGACAAAGUCGUCCAAACCUACCAGAGUUCAGCCAUUACUAAAUAGAAUGUUGUCAAUGUUCAGUGACUGUUUAUAUACAAGAGAAUAUUGAAGUAUGGAAGAGGAAGAUGUGAAGUCCUUCCUAAAGAUGGUUGUAGUACUUAAAAAAAAACGUUUAUCACUAAAAAAAACUCAGUCGAAUGAAAUUGUGCUAUUUUACAUAAUGAGUUAUACAGAAUGAGGAUAGAGUGUCAGUUUUCUA